AUGAUCGUGGAUAUUGUGAUUCACGGGGACAUUCUCUGUCCAUGGUGCUUCUUGCAGAAGAAGAGCCUCGAAGAAGCUAUGAAACGAUAUCAGGCACUUCACCCCGAGGUAGAAUUCGAUGUCAUCUGGAAACCUUUUCUUCUCUAUCCUACUCUACGAAAAUGUGACAAGCGAGCUCUCUACGAAAAGAUCAUGUCCCCAGAGAAACUUCGUCUCUUCACCUCCCGUCUUCAAACAGCUGGGGCUCGCCAUUGUGUUGCGUUCUCUGUUACUGGCACCACCGGACCCUCGCAACUUGCUCUUCGUCUAGUCACUCUAGCACUGCAGACUCGCGGCCCAAUUGUCCAAUCCGCGGUCCUAGACGCUUUGUUCAGAGGCCACUUCGAGCAUGGAGAGGACAUUACGAACGAAUCUUGGUUGCUGCAUAUAGGCAGGACAGAGGGAAAUCUUGACGACGAUGCUUUGAGAGCGGCAUUGAUGGGGCCGGAGACUGGUAAAGUGUUGGAAGAAGAGGUCAGGAGUGCUGCAGUAGGGGGUGUAGAAGCCGUACCAUGUGUUACGGUGCAAAAUAGGUUUCGAGUCGGAGGAUAUCAAGAAGCAAACAUCUUUGAAGGAUUAUUUGAUAAGAUAUGGCAGGAGAACAGGUGA